CCCGUGCGGGGAGGGUAUAUAUAUAUGCCACGGUGGUGGUUUUGCGAGUUCUCCAUACUAACACACCAUAUCUGCCAAGUACUCCCCCCUAGCACGCACGCACUUGACACCAUGUCUGAAACAUUGGAGCUCGAAUUGCCAUCGAACAAGCUCGAAAACUACAAGCCUGUAUUCUUGACUCUUAGUGAUAAAGAGGAGGAACGCUGGUACGACGUAAUCGACGAACAUUUUUUGUCUGGGACAAGCAAACCAACGUUUGAUCGAGCACGCAGAAACCACCCGCGGAACCGCUUCACAAAUGUAUUGCCCCGCGACCAAACCCUAUACGAAUUGCCUCAUCGGCGCGGGGACAACCAUUACGUGAAUGCGUCAAAAGUUGAGUUGAUGCAAAGCGAUGGAGUCACGAGGACAUGGAUAGCGACGCAAAUGCCGCAUCAAAAACAUGAGGAAACAAUCAAGCAAGAGUUGGGGGAGAGCGUAGGUGCCUUUUGGGCUAUGGUUGAGGCACUGGGAAGGGAUGCGAGGGAGAAAAAUCAAGAGCGCGGGCUGACUGGUGAUGGGGACGAAGUCAGGAUCAUCAUGCUCACACCACCGGGGCUAACCUCGCAUAUGUAUUUCCCCGCAGAGGAUAUCAAUGGGGAGAUGAACAGGUACAAGUAUUUCCCCGAAGCGGAUAAGAAUUUGGCCAUGAACUCGCACCAGUAUCCCGCCGCAGAGGACAUCGACGAGGACGAACAAGCUCACAAGCUGGAGAAAUCAUUUUACAGCGUCUCCGCGGUCAAGGCGGCCUUCGAAUUCCACCCGAAGAGGGCAAUGCACGUCGACGAUCUGAACAGCGACGUUCGAGUGUUGGAACUAUGCACGUAUGAGGAUGGUCCUUGCAAAUCCGAGGUACCAUUGGAAUCUACCACAAACGUAAAGCACUUUCUUUGUGGGUAUUGGGCAGACUUCAACAUUCCGAAGACUGGGGAUGAAUCGCCACUGGUGAAGCUGCUCCGUCUAGCGCGUCAAGGCAGCCCAGGCGCAAGCGAUGCGAAGUCUACCGAGUCAGAUAUGCAGCUUUCAAAGCCGAAACUAGCGCCUCUGGUUGUCCACUGCAUGGCUGGCAUAGGUCGUACCGGAACGUAUAUCGCACUGGACUAUCUCCUAUCGGAGAUGGAUCGGGGUGUGUACGAUGACUGUCUUCGGGGCGAGGACGGGCCUUGGCCUCUUUGGUUCCAGGAUGCGCAUCUUGGACCUAAACUGGCAAAGAAGCAGUAUGAGCUCGGUGGGGAUGUGGUCUUCGAUACUGUGCGUAAGAUUCGGCGCCAGAGAGUGGGCAGCGUUCAAACUGCAGAACAGUAUAUCUUCAUCUUCUCUGUGCUCAAGCAGCAGUGGAAGGAACGCGUCAAGGGGCUAAAUGACGAAUACAUGAGGCUUCACAAUGCAUUGGGAUCUAGCGACGGAGAGAGUGUUGUUGGAGGGCAUGCCGUAGAUGUUAAGCGUCGGGAUAGCGUCUUAUGGAGGGUAUGUUCAUAUUAUUCUUCGCCUGCUACCUCUCCCGCUCGUUCCUGCUCGCCCAAACCUCUCUACACUACUCACCACCACUUUGCGCGUACUACCAACCGCGACUGUGAAAACCCAACCCGCUUGGUGCAACCGCGACCCACCUGUCUUCCCGCCUACAUACUUGUUGCCUGCCUCUGCCUGUCAUCUGCUUUUAACACCAGCUUCGUACACUCACUAACCUCUACCUCUACCUCUACUCACGCGCGCACCCGACGAAUUGACCCUCGUUGCCAUCCCGUCAUGCGCUUCUCCACCGUCAUUGCCGCCUUUUCUGCUGGCUUCGCUGCGACUACCCAUGCCAUUGCAACCAUCGAGACCAAAGGCGCCAAACUCUUCACCAGCGAUGGCGACCAGUUCUUCGUCAAGGGAAUCGCCUACCAACUGGUGCCUGACGAUCCGCUCAUCGACAACACUCAAUGCUCUCUGGACGCCAAGUUGAUGAAGUCCAUCGGUACCAACUCAAUUCGUGUCUAUCACGUCGAUCCCUCGGCCAAGCAUGAUGACUGCAUGAAGGCUUUCGAGGACGCCGGCAUCUACAUCUGGUUGGAUCUCGACACCUUUGACACCCAGAUCGAGCAGACCCACCCCCAGUGGAACCAGACCCAAUUCGAUAGAUUCGCCAAGGUCAUGGAUGCUUUCCACACCUACACUAACUUGGCCGGCUUCUUUGUUGGCAACGAGGUCUUGACUACCGGUAAUGGUUCGGUCGCUGCUCCCUACGUCAAGGCUGCCGCCCGUGACCUCAAAAGGUACCGUGACUCCAAGGACUAUCGUAAGAUCCCCAUUGGGUACUCUGCUGCGGAUAUCGCAACUCUCCGCCCCAUGCUCCAAAACUACCUAGCAUGUGGUGAUAAUGCCUCGGAAGCUCUCGACUUUUACUCGCUCAACGCCUACUCCUGGUGCGGCGCUUCAAGCUUCCAGCAGUCCGGCUAUGUCGAUCUCAUCAAAAAUGUCACUUCGGUUGGCUACAACAUUCCCAUCUUUCUCUCAGAGACGGGCUGCAUCGAACCCAGUCCUCGCGACUUUGCCGACCAGGAGUCCAUCUUCGGUUCCGACAUGACUUCCGUCUGGAGCGGCGCCAUCAUCUACGAGUGGAUCCAAGAAGCCAACAACUACGGUAUCGUCUCGUACGGCGACAAGGUCGAUCCUGCAUCGCCUUCAGCACCACCGGAUGGCUUCCCGCGCUCGGGUACCCCGAUUCCUAGGAAGCCAGACUUUGAGAAUUUGAGCAACAGGUGGAAGACACUGAGCCCCACCGGCGUCAAGGCUUCCGAGUACAACCCCACCCUGACCCCGCCUCCCUGCCCGGCAUUCACCAGCGGCGCCUGGGAAGUCGAUCCCAAGAGUAAUCUUCCUUCCUUGGGCCAGGUGUUCAACGCAAAGACUACUGAUAGCCCCACUCCCAGUCAAGGUUCUAGUGAAGACUCUCAGGGCGAUGCAAGUGCGUCUGGGACAUCUAUUCCGGCUGAAAAGGGUGACGCCAUGUCAAUUCCUAUGCGACUUCCUUGGUCGGUCAUGUCUGCCGUAUUCUUGGGUAUGUUUCUGGGCAUGAUCUUGUGGGUGUGA